CUCGCACGGGACUUGACUCUAAUCCAACGCAUUCCACGAUCACCAUGGCUGCCUCAACAUCCGGGAUGGACAUCGACGAGGCUCCAAUUGACGAAGGGCUAUAUUCGCGCCAGCUGUACGUGCUCGGCCAUGAAGCAAUGAAGCGUAUGGCAGCCUCCAAUGUACUCGUUGUAGGUUUGAAGGGUUUAGGUGUUGAAAUUGCAAAGAACAUCGCUCUUGCAGGAGUAAAAUCCGUGUCUGUAUAUGACCCCGAACCGGUGACUUUGGAAGAUCUUGGAACCCAGUUCUUCCUGAGAUCUUCGGAUAUUGGAAAAUCGAGAGCCGAUGCUGCAGCACCUCGGUUAGCGGAGCUCAAUUCUUACGUUCCCGUCCGUAACGUUGGGGGUGUAUCUGGUCAGCCCAUUUCGAAGGACAUUGUAAAGAAUUACCAGGUUGUAGUGCUUUCCGACUCGCCGUUGCAACUCCAGUUGGAUAUCAAUGACUACACGCAUGGAAAUGGGAUCUAUUUCAUCGCUGCCUCCACUCAUGGCCUCUUUGCAUCGGUCUUCAAUGAUUUUGGAGCGAAGUUUACUUGUGUAGAUCCCACUGGAGAACAACCCUUGUCAGGAAUGAUUGUCUCCAUUGAGAAGGGAAAAGAAGCUCUAGUCACAUGCCUCGAUGAAACCCGCCAUGGCCUCGAAGAUGGGGACUUCGUCACCUUUAGCGAAGUCAAAGGAAUGACUGAACUAAAUGCCUGUAAACCCAGGAAAGUCAGCGUGAAAGGGCCCUAUACAUUUACUAUUGGGGAGACCUCGAGUUUCAGCGAGUAUAAAGCUGGCGGGAUCUUCACUCAAGUCAAAAUUCCCAAGAUCUUAGACUUUAAAUCUUUGCGCGAGUCAUUGAAAGCACCAGAAUUUUUCAUAACUGAUUUCGGAAAGUUCGAUCGCCCCUCCUCGAUGCAUGCAGGGUUCCAGGCACUUUCAGCGUUCGAACAGAAGCAUCGGCGUAAACCCGCACCACGGGAUACGAAGGAUGCGACAGAGCUUAUUUCCCUCGCCAAGACAUUCGUUGGUAACGAAGAGCUCAACAAGGAGGUGCUUGAGGAGUUUUCCUUCCAAGCUCGGGGAGAACUCUCUCCAGUAAUCGCCGUCGUUGGUGGAUUUGUUGCUCAGGAAGUGCUCAAAGCGUGCAGCGCCAAGUUUCACCCCAUGGUGCAGCACUUGUAUUUUGACUCAUUGGAAUCUCUCCCAGACCCCAAACCAACUGAGGCGGACGUCAGACCCAUUGGAUCGAGGUAUGACCGUCAGAUUGCAGUCUUUGGGAGGCGUUUCCAGGAGAAGAUCGGGAACCAUCGCCAAUUCCUAGUUGGUUCGGGUGCUAUUGGUUGUGAAAUGCUCAAGAACUGGUCUAUGAUGGGUGUGGGUGUGGGUCCAAGGGGUGUCAUACACGUCACCGACCUCGAUACCAUUGAAAAGAGCAACCUCAACCGCCAAUUCCUCUUCCGUGCUAAAGAUCUGGGAAAAUUCAAGUCAGAAUCGGCAGCCGUGGCAGUGACGGAUAUGAAUCCAGACUUGGCAGGGCACGUUCGUGCAUACCAAGAGGAGGUUGGACCUGCAACUGAGAACAUCUAUGGCGAACAAUUCUUCUCCGGAAUUGACGGUGUCACGAAUGCACUCGACAAUGUCAAAGCUCGGUUGUACAUGGAUCAGCGUUGCGUUUUCUUCUCUAAACCUCUCCUGGAGUCUGGCACCCUGGGAACGAAAGGUAAUACUCAGGUGGUGGUGCCCCACCUUACGGAAUCGUACGGAUCCUCUCAGGACCCGCCAGAGAAGCAAACACCAUCAUGCACCUUAAAGAGCUUCCCUAACGUUAUCCAGCAUUGUAUCGAGUGGAGUCGGGAAGUGUUCAAUGACCUGUUUGUGAAACCUGUCCAAAGUGCCAACUCUUAUUUGUCGGAGCCCGAUUACAUGGAGACAACGCUGAGGCACAGCGGAUCACAGAUAGAGCAGCUCGCUCAGAUCAGGGAUUAUCUGGUUGGCCAUAAGCCUCUGACAUUCGAUGAAUGUAUCACCUGGGCUCGUCUCAAAUUCGAGCACUUCUACAACAACGAGAUUCAGCAGUUGUUAUACAAUCUUCCCGUCGAUGCAGUUACGUCGACAGGACAACCCUUCUGGUCCGGUCCGAAGCGUGCACCAUCCCCAUUGAAGUUCGACCCCGAAAAUAGCAUCCACCUUGCAUACAUAAUUUCAGCUGCUAACCUGCAUGCUUAUAACUAUGGGCUCAAAGGACACGACGAUCUGGCUACCUUCAAAAAAUUAUCCGCAGCUGUCAAGGUCUCUCCCUUUACGCCCAAGGCAGGUGUCAAAAUUCAGGUAAACGAGAAUGAGGCUGUUCCAGAGAACCAGAAUCAAGGCGAGGAUGAUGCAGCCACUAUUGCUGCCUCACUUCCUUUACCUUCUACCCUUGUGGGUUAUCGGCUGAAUCCAGUGGAAUUCGAGAAGGACGAUGAUGCAAAUCACCACAUCGACUUCAUCACUGCUGCUGCCAACCUGCGGGCUUUGAACUACAACAUCGAGCCUGCUACAAGGCACCAGGCCAAGCAAAUUGCAGGGAAAAUCAUUCCUGCAAUUGCAACCACGACAUCACUGGUCACUGGGCUGGUGUGUUUGGAGCUGUAUAAAGUGAUCGAUGGCAAGAAGAGUAUAGACGAUUACAAGAAUGGCUUCAUCAACCUAGCGCUUCCAUUCUUUGGGUUUUCAGAACCCAUUGCGGCGCCAAAGAAGAAGUAUGCCGAGACUGAAUGGACGCUUUGGGACAGAUUUGAGUUCCGCGGCAAUCCAAGACUACAGGACGUCAUUGACUGGUUCAAGAAGCAUCAUAAUCUUGAAGUGGGUAUGGUGUCGUCUGGAGUAUCGAUGCUUUGGUCCGGUUUCAUUCUACCGAAGAAGGUUAGAGGAUUCUAUUGCCUUGCGGAAAGCCAGGAACGCUUGUUGUUGCGAUUUAAGGAGCUUAUCGAGAGUGUCAGCAAAAAGCCAGUCCCGCCACACCAAAAAAAGGUGGUGGUCGAAGUUAUGGUCAGCGACGAGAAUGAUGAAGAUGUCGAGGUGCCAUUCAUUGUCAUUGACCUCGAGUAAGGAUUCGAAAACUUGCUGGGGAGUGUAGAUGUACUGUACACUUUUACCAAUUUCAGAGGACUGGAGAUGUAUGAUGUUUAAAUUCCAAACCUGCUAAAUACAAAACUACAGCGAAAUUGCGAUGCUCGGUACACUGGCAAUACAAUUAUUUGCGAU